AUGACCACCACACGAUCUUCUAUUCCAACUUCUUUCAAUAUUGCUCACUUGUUUACAUCACCAAUGGAUCGUAAUAAUUUUCUUUGUUGGAAAUCUCAUUUUGAAGAUGUACUAGAAUUACAUGAUCUGGAAGAUGUGAUUAAGACAGAAACCCAUCCUCAGAAGAAACUUCCCGAUGGUUCUCUCAAUCCAACCUAUUCAAAAGACAAACUAGUCUUAAGUUGGAUCAAGGCCACGGCUUCAUCUUCUAUUAAGACCCUUCUAAUUCCAUGUUCUACAGCAUAUGAGGCAUGGACGCUGCUUGAGAAACGGCUGUCACCCCUGUCCAAAACUUAUAUUCGUACCCUGCGAGAUCAGAUACACACUCUAAAAAAGGAUCCAGAAAAGUCAUUUGCUGAUUAUUUGAUCCACGCCAAGUCUCUCUUUGAUUCUGUCACUGCGGCUGGCACCUCAAUUUCUGAUGGCAAACUUAUUGAUUAUAUACUCGAUGGCCUAGGCCAUGAAUACAAAGAAUUUACUACCUCCCUUCAUCUUCGACCCUCUCUAACCUUUGAUGAAUUUUAUGAUUUGUUAAAACAGGAAGAACAGUUGCUGAAGAGGAUGUCUUCCCUCUCCUUAUCACAAAGUGUAGCACUCACCUCUGAUCGCAGUACCAAUGAUCAGGCCACUCAGAACCGAGCCCAAAGCACCAAUCAGCACAACCAUUCUCAGACCCGGUUCCAAAACUUUGGAAGAGGACGAGGCCGACGUCGCGGUUGGCAUAGUGGAAGAAAUUCAGGUCGUUCUCCUAACUGGAAUUUCAACUACCAUAAUGGCGGGACCUUCACUCGCGAGAACGGCUCGCAGAAUAGUCGUGAUCACCGCCGUCCUCAAUUUCUAACAGACACUAGAUCAUCAAUGCCUUCACAUGAUGGACGUCCACCACUGCUCCCAACAUCACCAUAUCAACCUCCUUUUUAG